AUGAAUAUCUGCCGAUUCUCGGCCAUCCAGGGUUCCGGGGAGCCGCUGUGUAUCUCAGCUUCAAAUUCGGGGAAUCUCGAUGAUGAUGCAUUCGGUAUUAGACAUUUCGUUGAUGAUUUAGGGCUCGAGGUCGGCGUGUGUCUAUUCUUUGCUAAGAACAUGGGUCUUUAUGGUACGAUUCAUUCCAAUGUCUUCCGUCUACUAGCCGACAAGAACAAGAACAAUGGUAGCCAGACCAGACGAAUGAGCUGGAUGCGUCUUUCUCAUCACGUAUACCAGCAAUACGGCGUGAAAUACACUCUCUGUUCUGAAAAUGCUGCGGCGGUCAGAGCCAUCCGAUCUACCGGCUUACAGGGCGAAAAUCGCAUCGACGAUUCUGAAUGA